AUGUUGACAGCGUCUGAGAGGUCCGUGUGCUGUUGUUGUGGCAGGCUAAUUGCCGCUGGAGAUAUCUAUGAGAUCUAUGACGGGUCCCAUUUCAUCUUACCACCACAACGUACUCUCGAUCGUUGUGGCCAUCAUGAGAACUCUUGGGACUUCUGUACGUCCUGUCACGGGGCGGUUGGUCGUGGCAACAUUCCCAAAUUCUCCGCCUCAAACCUCGUCAACGUCACGACGUGCCAGGACUAUCCGUCCGCGCUAGAAGAUCUUACCGCAGUCGAAGAAUGUCUCAUUGCAAAGUGUCACCCUGUCGGCACCAUCCUCAAAUUGCGGCCUGCCGGCCGUCCCUCUCCCUCCAGCUAUAAUGCAUUACGAGGUCAUAUAAUCGUCAUUCCGCAGGAUCCGGGCCCGCUUCUCCAGAUCCUCCCCAGUCCCGAGCUGAAGCUGGAUAACCUUAUGAAGGUUAUCUGGCAGGGAGAACGAGCGCCGGGCGAUGCAGAUUUGAAGCCGUUCUUGCAGGUUCGGAAGGAUAAGGUCCUCCCGGCUUUGCAAUAUCUCGUUCAGCACAACCAUCUGUAUCGCGACCUCACUAUCAACCAUGCUAUGAUAGACGGCUGGAAUGAAGAUUUUAUCCCGCCCGAAAUCCGUGACAACAUUAUCUGUCUUGGGAGCUCAGACCAUCACGAACGUGAGGGAUAUACAGUUAGCCUGCAGACUGGCAAUUGUGAAAAUGAUCUCCAGGCCGCGCAAGAUGACGUUCUUGACUUGGAUGAUCAUGAAGCGCUGAUAACCGGUUCUGUCUAUACAGAUGUCAAUGGAGAACGACAAGAUCCGAACGUGCGGUUGAUAGACACCUUACGGAGGGUAAUAGCUGGCAAUCCAUGUGCGACCGAUGAAAAUGCGCCUGCUGCGGAUGAGAGCAGGCCUGCGCAGGGAAUCUUGCCGACGAUUUCUUAUGCGAUGCGCGGACAGUCGGCCUUGAUGAGCAAUUGGGAAGAUCCUCAUUAUUUUACUGCUUUCCCUACCCUCUUUCCAAACGGAAGAGGGGGCCACCAAGAGGAGAGGAUUGUGCCGGUGUCGCUUACAGCUUUUGCAGAGUGGGCGUUGAAUCACCAUAGCAGGAGAUUCGCACGCCACAAGACAUUCAUGUACCUUCUUUACGAUGUAUUACAACUCCGAAGCUCGUCUCUUGGAAACGCGCUACUUGUGAAGCGUCGAAACUGGAGGUCGGCCGAGAAAGGUAUAGCCUCUUUGACAGUGGACCAGCUGGAGGAUGCUGCAAAGGUUGUUGCCGACGGAGGGGUCAUUGACGACCCUGUGAUUCAAUGGCUACAACGAAAUAUUGUGACCAUUGGGAUGCAAGUACCGGAGUCUUUCUCACAAAAGGUAAAGAGGCGCUCUGAAAUCAAAGGCUUGAUCGUGCGAGAUGGAAUGCCUGCUUUUUGGAUAACCAUUAACCCCUCCGACUUGAGUAACCCACUAGUCCUAUUGUUAGCUGGCAUUGAACAUUCCGGAGACGCCUUCCCGACUGCUAAUGCGGCAAUCCGCCAUGCGACGGCAACGUCGAAUCCUGUUGCAGUUGCCCAAUUCUUCCAUCACACCUGUAAAGCGAUCUUUGAUGGGCUUCUCGGCUCCAAAUCCGGCCGAAUUGGCAUCCUGGGACAGGUCUCGAAUCAUUUCGCGGUGGUUGAGACGAAUGGUCGUGGAAUGCUACAUCUUCACGCUCUGGUGUGGCUUACUGGCAACCUCGAAUUCAACACUUUGCGCGAUCGAGUUCUGCGAGACAAGGCUUUCGCCUCUAGGAUGAUACGUUACCUAGAAACUGUCAUUGUACAUAGCAUAGACUUGGAUGUUGAAGGUAGCCCUAACGAACCGGCACUCAUCCCACUUUCCACUAGAAUAGCGGAAACUGACGACGAAUUCCACUCUAGGCUGUCCGCUGACAGCAAUGCUAUUGCCUGCAAGAAACAGGUCCAUUCAUCGAAUCACAACGCUACUUGCUUCAAGUACAGUCAAAAAGGACAAGGGUCGAAGGCUUGUAGAUUUGAGAUGCCGCGUCCCAACUCCGAAUUCGACGAGUUAGGCGUAAUCCACCUUACUCGCAACCACGGCUGGGUUAACCCAUGGAACCCAGCAAUUGCCAGCUGUAUCCGUUCCAAUCAAGACAUCUCGUGGAUCCCUACUGUGGCAAAGACGUUGUGCCUUAUUUAUUAUGUCACGAAUUAUGCAACAAAAGAUGAUGUUUCUCCAUACCAAAUGCUGGUCAAGGCUGCAUUGUUGAAGCAGUCAAUUGAGAAAGCCAAAGCAACUUUGACACCAGAUGCCAACGAUCUGCGGAUUAGGAAGAAAGACAUGGACCAGUUUGCUCUUCGAUGCUUCAACACUUUGUCUCAUGAUCGCGAGAUCAGUGGUGUGCAGAUAGCGAGCUCCCUACUUCAACUACCAACCUACUAUACCCGGAACUACAAUUUCGUCCAAGUGAAUCUCUGGUGGCUCAGGCAAUACGUGCGUGCUGCUAUAGAUCCGGCUCAAUCCGCAGUCGACGACUCUAUCGACCUGAUGGGUGAUGAGCAGUGUGCCUACCAACCAGGGGACAAGGGCCCUGUGAGCCGCUUCGACAACUACAAAUGGCGAGGCCCGCACCUUGCCCAUCUAUCAUUCUUCGAGUACUGCAUGUUGGUGCGGACCAAGAGCGUCCGUGACGCCAUAGCAGCGGACUUGGAAUUUGACCCCAAGCAUCCGAAACAGGGUGUAUACGUGCAACACUUGGCUCGCAAGAAGUCUCAGGUGGUAACUGUCACCUUCAAUGGCCAACUUUCCCAAUUCCAAGCCGACGAGGAGGGUGUUGCAGGAGGACACCCGGUGACGACCGCAAUGCAAAAUGAUCUCGUCGAAGUGUUAUUAGGGUUGUUUGUGCCGUGGAACCAAUUGCCGGCCCUCUCCCGACAAUAUGCAGCUGACUGUGGGACAACGCAGGAUGCUUAUACCAAGAUUUGGAGCAUCGUGGAGCCAACACUUUCUCCACAUAACCGCAACUUCGCAAGUAACAUUGAACUCUUGCGAAAGUCCAAGGAGGAUUCUCGAAUAGACGCUGCGCUCCGCAGAGCGAUGAACGGGUCUGAGGACACUUUUGAUCAUGACUUAAUGAUGAAGUAG